AAAUCACUGCCUUAGGUUUGCAAAAGAAACGAUCUCCUCUCUUACAAUCUCUUCUUCCUCUUCCUCUUCUUCCUCUUUGCUCUCUUCUGGAGACUUCUUUUCGUGUACGAUUCGAUUUGCACCAACGGAAUUCGGUUUUACUUGAACUCACUCACACUCAGAUAUGAGGUCUGGUGCGCGUAACGGAACUUCUGGAACCUUGAAGUUUCUUUGUAGUUAUGGCGGCAAGAUUCUUCCUCGUCAAACCGAUGGUAAACUCCGUUACGUUGGUGGUCUUACCAGAGUUUUAGCUGUCGAGCGCUCUGUUUCAUUUUCUGAAUUAAUGGUGAAGCUUGGAGAAUUCUGUGGUUCUUCCGUUACAUUGAAGUGUCAAUUGCCAGGAGGAGAUUUGGAAACCUUGAUUUCUGUUAGAUCCGAUGAAGAUUUGGCUAAUAUCGUGGAGGAAUACGAUCGUGCUUCUUCCUCGUUGUCUCAUCCUCUUAAAAUCAGAGCCAUUCUUUCGCCUCCGAAAUCUCUCAAGCAAAUUUCUCCUCCGUCAAGUGUGGACUCUACUCUUCCUAAUUCUCCUUGCUACGGCGCAGAUUCACUUCCGAGCUCACCGCAGUACGGAAACAGCGAGCGGAUCUCUUCUCCUUCGUACAGAUUCAUCCGUCGGAUUCCUUCCCCUCCUAGUAAAUACUUCGUUGGACCAAGGAAUUGCCACGGAAGAACUUGUUGCCAUGGGAGCCCUAGGUUUUUGUACUCCGGCCCCAACUGCACUCACUGGAACUGAGAUUUAAAAAGUCCCUAAACUCAAGGCGAGGACUCAUCCGCAUAUAAAAAAGUAAAAACCCUAGGUUAUUAGAUGAUGACGACGAAAAAAAAAAAAAACAGAACAAAAUAGAUUCAGUUUUGGCUUGUGAUUAAUUGAUUGAUUGUUUGAAUAUAGCUUCCAAAAACUUUCGAAUUAAUUCAUUUACAUGUGUUCUUCAAAAGAAAUUGAUUAAUCCAUCCGGCUGGCAGUUUUGCAAGAGGUGAACAUUCUCAUUCUCAUUCUCUGAAUCUUAGAAUUAUUCUUAAAAUCUCUAUGGCGGUUCCGCCGCACACGGUGGCCGUUACUCCCCGGCAACGUGUCCUUCAUUCAUUCAGUAGUGUUGUAAUUACCACUUUCUUGUUUAAAUCUUUCUCUAUGUAUGCCUUGAUUUGCGUUGCGUUGCGUUGCGAUUACCCUCUGGCGUUAGAGGACGAAUCAUCUGCACCGCCGCAGCCUCCCCCAUUCUCGUCCGACACGUAUUCAAAACUUCAUCGCGCCUCGUUUCAUACGUGUGCCUCCCAUGUAACACGUGUGAGUUCUCCAUUUCUCUUUUUCUUUUCUACUUUAUUUUUAAUUUCUCUAACGGCCGAUUUGAAUUUGCAGUGUUUCUCGUGGAGGGCUGAGUAUGGGAUUAUUCCGAUUCCGGGAGCGGUUGGAGUGUAUAAUAUAAACAAAUAAAUGAUCGGAAAUUACGACGGAGGGUAAAACGGGGUAAUGAAUUUUGGGGGAGAAAUUGGAAGGGGCGAUGUGGGCUGUGGUUGGGGAAUUGCCUUUGGAUGAAAUUACGGGAGUGCCCUUUUUGGGUUUUGGAGAUCAAUCAUGACGUUAGAACGUAUUAAUAUAUAAUGAAGUAUUUGAGUAUUAAGUAAUUAAUUAUGUUAUGCCGAAUGAAACUUGGACGCAUACUAAAGGGGUCAGAAGGAAAUUAGGUCGGCAUUGGCUUUAGGUAAGCGUGGAAAGGUGGAUUAAGAAUGAUUCGUACUUUGUCCUAAGAGGCUUUUUGAAUAAUCAAAUGAUCAUUAAAUUAAUUAA